GUUUCAUCAAACCCUACUCUUGUUGUUGUUGGUUCCCAUGCUUGCUCACUCCCAGAUUCACUUCCCUCGGGCCUUUUGCCGCUGCUGUUCUAUCCCUUCCUUCUGUUUUUAACAACUUCAAAUCAUCUCGGUGGCCUCAACUUCUGUGCGGAAUAAUUUUUUCGUGCUGUUCGCAGAUAAAUCCGCUCCUGUCACUGUCGAGAGCAAACAAGUCCGGUAUGCCGAGAGUGAAUGAGUGACCGUGGGAGAGGAAGAGGAAGCGAGUAGGUGAGAGCUGUGAAAACCGAGGCUGGAAUGGCAGCAUCUGUUUCCAUGGCGUCUCUUACGUCCACUCCCUGUCUUCCCCAGCCUCAGCGUGUGACUGCUUUAACCAUUCGUCAUCAAGUUCCGUCUAGGGCUAAUUUAGUUUAUAAAGCUGGCAGCCAAAGUCUUUCGAAUUCUAAUUUCAAUGGGGUUCGGUUGGAAGUACGCACCCCAAAUUUUGUGAGGCCGCAGAGUUUUGCACUUUCUGUUCGCGCUGCUGGAGCUAAGGGAGAUUACCUCGUGAAAAAGGUGUCCGCAAGUGAAUUAGAUGAAAUCCUGUCGAACGAAAGAGAUUUACCUAUAGUUGUUGAUUUUUACGCGACUUGGUGUGGUCCGUGCAUUUUCCUAGCUCAGGAAUUGGAGCAGCUAGCAGUCGAAUACACUGACAACGUUCGGUUUUUAAAAAUUGACACUGAUGAAGAGCACGAGUUUUGUUCUCAAAUGCAGAUCCGAGGUCUGCCCACAAUGGUGUUCAUCAGCCCAGAUGAAGAGAAGCUUGCCAUUCGGACAGAAGGGUUGUUAUCAACAAAUGUUAUCCGUGACAUAAUAGAAAAAGAAUUAGGAGCUUCUCAAUGGGAUCCAGAGUGGCAUCCAGAUGAGAUUGAAAAAGAGGCGAUUCCUCAAUGGGACGUAGAGCUGGAGUCCAGGUAAUCGGGGUAGGAUUUUCCUCAGUAGGCUUAGAUUGUAUGGUAUGAUCUCACAGUAUCGCUAGAUUUUCAUGCUUAUGUUUUACGAAGAAACCUCUUUUUUUCUUAAAAGGAAUAUAACGAAUUCUGUUCUAUUGGAGUC